AUGAGAGAAUUGAUUCUUUAUCUUGAGCCUCCUGUUGGUUUUAAGCAACAUGUUAAUUCAUUUCUUGAUAUGAGUAAAGACAAGUUUGGAUUUACAACAGCAAACAGAUACAAUUGUCAUGUUUCUAUGUCUGGUUUUUUUACUGUUACUGACAGAGAACAAGAGGUGGUUCAAAAGGCUAUUGAAAAAGUGAUGGAUAAACUGCCAAUGGUACAAGUUCAGUUGACGCCAUUGCUGGUAUACACUAAUGAUAAACCAUCUCAUUUACUUUUGCCAGUGGUUGCUCCCUCUUUUGUUCAUACUAUGAUGGCAAGUAUUGCUCAAGAGUGUCAAGAUAUUGUCAAGCUAAGGUUGAAGAAGAUCAACCAUAUAAGUUUGGCCUAUUGGAAUGAACAGCAAAAAGAAUGGAAUCCAAUCGUAUUAAAAGAUAUUAAAAAAGAAGCAGAUGCUUGGUUUAAGCAAACAAAAGAACCAAAAGAUACAUGGGAUAUUGUACUCUAUAGACGUACUAAAAAGAGUGAGGAGAUAGGGCAACCUCAUGUGUUUGAAGAACUGAAAAGAUGGCAUGGUUAA